AUGACUCUCCUCUCUAUCCUCACCCUGGCCGGCCUCGCCACCGGCAGCGUGGUAAUUCUGCCCGGGGGCACGCCCAAGCCCCUCCUGCUCCCAGCGGUCCCAGUCGCAGCAAACGACUACGACUCCAUCCUGCGCACCUCAGCCGCCUCAGGGUUCCCCAACUCCACCGUCGACAUCAUCCUCUCCUCGUACAGCGGCACGCUCGGUGCCGAGACCGCCAACGCGACCGAGAUCUUCCCGUCGAGCGACUCCUUCAUACACGGUGCCAUCCAGGCCUGGGGCGAGCACCUGCACCUGGAGCUCCGGCCUGAGGAAGUGUGGUUUACCGUGCUGGCGCAGCUCAACUUCUACAUGGACGCCAACGCCGAGAAGGUGCGGCAUCUGUUUGUGAAGCACGAGGGCCAGGAGACGAUUGUUGUCGAGGAUACCACCUGGACGCGUGUGCUGCUGCGGUUUAAGGACGAGAUCCAGGCGCGGGUGCAGACGGACUGGCUGCGGGAAUGGAUCAUGCCGGGCUUUUCGACGACGACCAAGGAUGACGAGAUGACGGCCAAUAUUCUUAUGAUGGGGCUCAUGAAGGCGUACUUCAAGUACGUGGGCGGGAUUAUUUGUGGGCUGCCGAGUGUCACGCUGCUGGGUGAGAAGGAGGACUGGGAGAAGUUGCAGGCCAAAUUGGAAAGGUUGGCUGAGUUUGGUGAGGAGCCGACCGCAUAUCAGGCCAACCUCGUGCCGAUCUUCAAGCGGUUUGUGAAAAGCUUUGAUGAGCCUGACUCGGAAGAGACAAGGGAGUUUUGGUCCCACAUUGUGUUUGCCAAAUCCUCUGGCAUGUGUGGCUCCGCGCCGUUGGAGCUGUCGGGUUGGAUCUCUGGCUUCUUGUUCUGGGAUACGGAGGGCAAGCGGCUGGGUGGCCUUGGUGGGCAAGCAAGAAAGGCGGGGUUGACGAUGGACGGCGUGGAUUACAUAUGGCAUGACAUCCGAAAGCUUCCGGUAGGGUAUGGAAAGGCGCCCUUCACCAUGCUAGACUUUCGCGGCAUGAAGGAGUUCCCCGCUUAUGUAUCUGCCGGAACGCUGGGUAAGCGGUUGGUUAAGGGGCCUCCGGUGGGGUAUGAGGCUGCUCUCACGCGGGCUGGGCAAGACACGGCUUUGGCGGCCAACGCCAGUGCUCAUGGUACAAUCCGACCACUCUCGGCAUGGAUGGUGUAUGGGCCACUGGAUUCCGCCGGCGUCAAGGUGACAGACACCUUCGACAUGGAGCUGCAAAUGAUCGCCAGCAGGGCCAAUGCGAACUUGAAUGAGGGCCGGUGCGGAGCUCCGUAG